AUGGAAUCUGAAACUCAGGAGGGUAUCGGGUCUUCUUACGAUUUCAUCGUUUGCGGAGGGGGGACCGCUGGCUGUGUAGUAGCUGCAGGCUUAGCAGAAGAUCCAAACACCAGUGUACUGGUUAUUGAAGCUGGUCCGCACAAUGACGACCUUGAAAAUGCCCACAUGGUCGGUGGCUGGUCGCAAAAUUUUGACAAAGAGACGGAUUGGAAUAUAACUGCGACUCCUGGAGCUGGAAUCAACAACCGUCAAGUAAAGUUGAGCAGGGGAAAGUUCCUUGGCGGCUGCUCCGGUUGUAAUGGCACGCUUUGUAUACGCGGAUCUAAGCAAGACUAUGACGACUGGCGUAUGCCAGGUUGGAGCGGCGAGGAAUUUUUCGCCUGGAUGCGGAAAGCUGAGUCGUUUGUGAGCAAACCUUGGUUCAACGAGUCAAAAUCAUCUCACGGAUACGGAGGUAAAUUGGGCGUAGAGCCACAUGAUUUGGCUCCCAUUUCGAAGUUAAUUAUGAAAUCAAUGGAGUCCAAGGGGCUCACACUUGACGACGACAUGUUUUCACAUGGCGAAAACCCCCAUGGCUGCGGACAUGCACCGCGAACUGUGACAAAAGGCCUACGAACAACGGGCGCUGACUUUAUUACCAAUGUCAACGCCAGAAAAAAUAUCACAAUAUUGACGAAUGCUCAUGUUGAAAAAGUCAUUAUAGAACGCGACUCAAAAGGAGAAUUCAUGGCUACUGGUGUCAAGGCCUAUUCUGGGGAUGGCCAAAGCAUUGAGUUUACUGCCAACAAGGAAGUCAUCGUGAGCGGCGGCUCUUACUGCAGCCCAAACAUAUUGAAUCGGUCAGGUAUUGGUGCCAGAGAUGAGCUGGAAAAAUUAGGCAUCUCUACUCUUGUCAAUCUGCCAGGCGUCGGAAAGAACUUGAUGGAUCACCUCAUUGUCUUCAUAUUUUAUGAAACCGAACAGCCUAAAUUAACGAAUGAUCACCUUGUCUAUCAUGGAGACGCUUUCAGUUCAACAUAUAAUCUUUGGAAGGCUGAGAAGAAGGGGUUUCUAUCCACUUUUCCAUUCGGUGCUUUUGCUUUUGCUCGCCUCGAUGAGCGUCUAAGCGACUCUGAGUUGUGGAAUAAGGCCCCAAGAGAGCCAGGCCGCGAUCCAAUGGGACUAACAUCGGCGCAGCCCAACAUCGAGUUGUUCACCACCGAAUGCUACGGCGGCCCCAAACAAUUUUCUGAUUUUCCUAUCGAUGAAAAAUCUGCGUUCGGCAUGAUAGCAGAGCUAUUCGCCCCUAGGUCACGAGGAACAGUGACGCUGAAGGAUGCAAAUCCACUGUCCGCUCCCGUUGUUGAUUGCCAAUAUUUGACUGACCCUUUGGAUGUGGAAGUUUUGGCAGAAGCGUGCCGGUUUGGGAACGAAAUUAUCACGCAAGGCGCGGGAACAAAAGAUAUUGUCAAGGGUUCCUGGCCACGUGAAGCUUGGCACCACACAUUUUCUUCCCGCGAGGAUUGGGUACCGUAUGUCAAGAACAAUGCGACAACCUGUUAUCACGCUUCUGGCACUUGCCGAAUGGGCGACUUGUUGGACGAUCGUACCGUUGUCGACCACAAUCUCUGUGUGAAAGGAGUAAAGUCCCUAAGAGUUGUCGAUGUCAGCAUCAUGCCAGCGCUUCAUGGUGGUCAUACGCAGAUGCCCGCAUUCGGGAUUGGAGAAAAAGCCGCUGAUCUCAUAAAAAAAACCUGGAAUUUGCCUUCAGGGGCGAAAUGA